UUAUCCCUCUAUACUCUCUCUUUAGCUCUUUCAUCUUUAAGCUUAUUAUGCCUCAUGCCUCUCUCUUCUCUCUCUCUCCCUCUUUGUGAAAUCUGAAUCGUCUUCAAUUCUGAUACCUCCGAUCAAAUUCACCGACAAGGUUCGGAAAAAAAAAAAAUAAUAACUAGUCGGAGAGUGAUUUUCUGUGGAGUUUUAGGAGCCCUAUACCGAUCAUCUUGUACUCUGCAUUGAUACAUUGUGAUCAUCAAGGGGCUCCUAAUACUCCCAGAUUUUGAGUUUCCUUCAUAAGAAUAUGGGAGAAAUGUCGGGUUUCCAGUUGGGGGUUAUCGGUGCACUCUUUCUUUCAGUGGCAUCAUCUGUCUCCAUUGUCAUCUGCAACAAAGCUUUGAUGAGCAACCUCGGCUUCCCAUUUGCUACAACACUCACCAGUUGGCAUCUAAUGGUCACAUUCUGCACGCUCCAUGCCGCGCAAAGAUUGAAUUUUUUUGAGAACAAGCCCAUCGACAUGAAGACUGUCAUUCUCUUUGGCAUUUUGAAUGGUGUUUCCAUUGGAUUUCUUAACUUGAGCUUGGGAUUUAACUCCAUUGGCUUCUACCAGAUGACCAAGCUUGCAAUUAUACCAUUUACUGUAUUACUAGAAACAAUUUUUCUGAAAAAGCAAUUCAGCCAAAGGAUAAAGUUCUCUCUUUCCCUCCUACUCCUUGGAGUAGGCAUUGCCUCUGUGACUGAUCUCCAGCUCAAUAUGCUUGGAUCAAUUCUCUCCCUUCUUGCCAUUGUAACGACCUGCGUUGGCCAAAUUCUGACAAACACAAUACAAAAGAGGCUGAAUGUCUCCUCAACACAGCUUCUAUACCAGUCAGCUCCAUUUCAAGCAGCUAUUCUGUUUGUCUCUGGCCCUUUGGUAGAUCAAUUCCUCAGCAAGCAAAAUGUCUUCGCCUAUAAAUAUUCUCCUAUAGUCUUGGGCUUCAUCGUCCUGUCUUGCCUAAUAGCGGUGUCGGUGAACUUCAGCACCUUUUUGGUAAUAGGGAAGACAUCUCCGGUGACAUACCAAGUGCUUGGCCAUCUAAAGACAUGCCUUGUUCUUGCUUUUGGUUAUACAUUACUGCAUGACCCUUUCACUGAGAGGAACAUUAUUGGUAUUAUGAUAGCAGUUUUUGGAAUGGGAUUGUAUUCAUAUUUCUGUACUCAGGAAAACAAGAAGAAACAAACGGUUGAUCUCUCAAUGGGGUCUCAGAUUAAAGAUAAGGAUGGUGGUCAACUUUUGAACAUGGUUCAUCAAGAUAAAGACAAUCAUGAGGUUAAGAAAUCGGCCAAGGACUCUGUCGUGUGAUCCAUAAGUGUAGGCUUUGUUGCCAAAGGUUUCAUGUAUCACAUACACUCUGUAUUUUUCAAUUUUCAAAGGCAUUUUGAUGAGUGUAAAUGAUUUUGAUUCUUUGAAUAAAUUUGGUAAAUAAAUUCUUGUA